GCUCUUGAUUAGAUAAUCACAAUCACACACUGAGCGGCCAAUAAAGCAGAGAAGGAGCUUUGCUCGACAUCCACUAGCUCCGUGGGCAACAGCAGAGAUGGAGGUCAAAGUCGCCGUAAUUCUGUGCCUGGCUUUCUUCUCAGUGGCCGAGGCUGUUAAAGUCUCUGUCUACUACGAGUCACUGUGUCCAGACAGCAUCCGUUUCCUAACAGAGCAGUUCCACUCUGUUUACCAGCAACUAGGCUCGUCAGCCAUCACCGUCGAUUUCCUUCCUUAUGGAAAGGCUUCGCACACCCAAAAUGCUAACGGACAAUGGAGCUUUGUGUGCCAGCAUGGACCUGAGGAGUGCCGCGGCAACAAGGUUCAGGCGUGUGCCCUGAAGUACAUCUCAAACCCAGACCUUCAGGAGGCAUACGUCAACUGCGUCAUGGCUAAUUCCUAUCCUCCCGAUGCCGGCCAGAGUUGCGCCACAAGUGUUGGUGGAGUUUCUGACUACUCUGCCAUUUCCAACUGCAUCGCCACCGCAGAAGGCGACGUGGAGCUCGUCGCUUAUGGAGACAGAACCCACGCCCUUGGCUCUAUUCUCACUUUCGUCCCAACCAUCAUCUACGACAACGUUUUCAACCAGAGCGAGCAAGACGAAUCGCUUUACAACUUCUUGGGCGUCGUUUGCCGUCAUCUUCCGGAUCCUAAGCCAUCUGGCUGCCCUUAAAUUUGUUCGAGUUUUGUUUUUUUCAAAUUCUGUUUGAAUGAAAAAAAAAAAAGUUAAUAAUUUCUUGUUAUUUUCUUACUAUAAAGACAAUAAAAGUGUGUAUUCUUGAA